CAACAUGGCGGAGAAUUUAAACGUUGUGCGUGGUUUUUCAGUGCAAUGUCUCUCCUCUGAAUCUCACCUCCAGGAACUUUGCCGACUCGAGCACAUAUGUUGCACCGCUCUUGGGGUGAACCGGAAGAAUAUCUGCAACUUUGUGGUGGAAUAUCUGUGUGACUACAAGAGAGUACAGGACGAGGAGUUAUACCUUGUGAAAUGGAAGGGAUACCCAGACUCUGAGUGUUCGUGGGAGCCUCGUCAUCACCUCAAGUGCUUCAACCUCCUCAAACAGUUUCACCGCGAUUUGGAGAGGGAGCUUCUCCGACGGGCAAAGGCCGCCGGGAACACUACAAGUAAAAAGCCUAUUGCACGGUGCCCGCGGAGGCUGGACUCCAGCCUUUCUCAUCACGUGGUUUUAAAGGCCAAACAGAGACAACGGCUUCGCUUGUGGGAGCAACAGCUGAGUGCCAAGCGUGCCCAUCCAUUUGGCCUCAUACUGGUAGAGAAUGAAGUGGAUCUGGAGGGGCCCCCAAAAGACUUCAUGUACAUUAAUGAAUACAGGGUGGGGGAAGGGUUAACCAUUACCAAGUCAGCUGUAGGAUGUAAGUGCCGGAACUGUUUUACAGAUGAGCAAGGCUGCUGCCCGGGGGGUUUCCAGCACAAAUUUGCCUACAAUGAUGAAGGCCAGGUGAAGAUCAAACCUGGCUUUCCAAUUUAUGAAUGUAACGCCCUCUGCCGAUGCGGCCCCUCCUGUCCAAAUCGCGUUGUGCAAAAAGGAAUUCAGUACAAAUUCUGCAUCUUCAGGACCUCUGAUGGAAGGGGCUGGGGGGUCCGAACCCUGGAAAAGAUUCGCAAGAACAGCUUUGUUAUGGAGUAUGUUGGUGAGAUAAUCACCUCAGAUGAGGCUGAACGUAGGGGACAAAUUUACGACCGGCAAGGGGCCACCUACCUGUUUGACCUGGAUUAUGUGGAAGACGUGUACACUGUGGAUGCCGCCCGCUAUGGAAAUAUCUCCCACUUUGUAAACCACAGUUGUAGGCCAAACCUCCAAGUCUACAACGUCUUCAUUGAUAAUCAGGAUGACCGUCUACCUCGCAUCGCAUUUUUUGCCACCCGCACAAUACGUACUGGCGAGGAGCUUACUUUUGACUACAACAUGCAUGUGGAUCCGGUUGAUGUCGAAAGCACAAAGAUGGACUCUAAUUUCGGCCUGGCCGGCCUCACUGGAUCACCCAAAAAACGGAUCCGGGUGGAGUGCAAAUGUGGCUCGAAUAAGUGUCGUAAAUACCUCUUCUGAACGUAGACUGUGAUUACCUCCUUGUGGACAGACCGCUCGCUCCCACAGCACUUGAAUAACUGUUACAAUGGAGGGGUAUAGUGUUUACGUCGCUUGUAAUGAAUUAUUCUGAGGGAGGGGCUCCAACUCCACUGCCCUCCAUCCCCUUCCACUGAAAUAUGGUGCUAUAUAAUGUUUUAUCUCUUUUUAUGUAACAUUAACAGGGCUGCUCGUGCUGACACCAUUCAUUCUGCUAGAAGUACCUGGUUCCUUAUAUCCGUCACUGCGCAGGGGUCUCUCGCGCUGCGCUACACUCAAUAGCUUAUAAUACUUGAAUUGUCUCCUGUUCUCCAAUCCGUAUGCAGGGACAUAAUGAUAUAGGCACCAGGUCCUGUCUAGCAGAUUCGCAGUGUAUCUGUCCCUUUCUUUGUAAUGGAAUAUCGGAUGAUUUUUUUUAAAGAUUACUCUGAACAAUCUUUUAUUUUAACAACUGUUUUUAUGGUUUUAUUGUUUUUUAACCUUCUUGUAUGUAAAUACACUAUGAUGUAAUCUC